AUGCUGAAAACCUGCAUUGGCUUAACUCUUCCUCAGGAGAAAGGCUCAAGUAAGGAUGAAGACGGAUUCAACCACAAUCCAUUAAGCGAUGAGGCUGUUUUUAGUGUUAUAAUUGCUGCUUCGCAGUCAUCUAAUAAAAACACUAGAGCUGGCAAUGAGACGGCUUCAGCCAAGCGUCUUCUGGCGACAUUGGAAGUAUGUAAAACUCAAGUUGUGAUAAUCAAUACCCCAAUAAUACAUUUUGUAACAUUAUUUUUAAAUGACUUUUUGGAGAAUUUAAUUAGUGAAUGA